AUGAAUCCUACCGUUCGUCUGACAAACUCGCCGGGGCGUGCUGUCACCGGCCCACCGGUCUCCGGCUGCCGCAAUCCUUCGCAGAUACAUCCUCAGCAUCGACCACGACCGCCUUCGGACGAUGAAGACGAGGACGACGAGGAAUCGGAUGAAGAGGACAUCGGCCGACCCGCCUCGUCUGGCAGCGACGCCUCGUCAAAUGUGACCACCGUCUCGGCUGCGCCCAUCACUCCAGUCUCUACACAACCUCACGGCUCAAGUUAUUUCUCUCCUCAGAAGCGCUCCGCCUCAACCACCACGUCACCUCAGUACACAGCUCGCGCAAUGCCCGCGGACUCCUCCACUGGCCGUCGGCCACUGGGUCGGGGUCCCUCUAUCGAAUUACCUCGCCAUCGAUCCAGACAACAUUCACAGGGGUUCUUCGAGCCUUCGCUGCCCACCGCAUCGUCAGAGCAGGCCCCGACGGUUUCAGCUUCCCGAAUUGCGGCCCAGGCGGCCAUGCAACAGAUGAAACGACCACAAACCACAUCCCAGCAGGCCGAUGAGACGAAGCGCAAUGAGAGUGUAUCGCCGCCUCUGAUGCCCCUUCCCCUCCGCGUCAAUCAGCCCCCUCCAUCUCUUCCCCCUCCAACGAAUGCACCCAAUGUGGCCACGACGGCAGCGAACGUUGUCUUCCCACGCACCGGCGGUGGGUCGUCAACCACUGAAGCCCAAGUCUCCGAGAAGCAGAAAAUCAAGAAACUUUUCUCUAAACCGAAACAUAUUGGGAUCAGUCGUGACAAAGAUCAUCGGGAUCGAGGGCUGCCAUCACCCAGCAAGAUGCCCAGUUUGUCACGCAUCGUCAGCGCCUCGACUACUAGCUUGGCCGAUCUUCCCUCGAACAACUCUUCCAUGUACAACUUGUCCAAUGCCUCGGUCAGCACUGUGGUCCCGGCGGAUCGACCCCCGGCGCCUCCGGAGAAGGACAAGGACAAGGAUAAGGACAAGCACAAGCAUCAUUUCCUGUCCCGGCAAAAACUCAAGUUGAAAGACCGUGAUGACCACUACAACCUACCACUUUCCUCGGCAUCGAGCAAUUCCCGACCGGCCGACCCUAAUGCACCGCAGUCAUUGUAUUCCUUUACGAGUCCAGCGUCUCCAGCGCCGGGGGCCACCUUUGGAAAGUCGGUCAGUGGGCUGGACCUGCUGCACGGUGGACGAGCACUCCGUGAGAAAAAGAAGGAAGAAAAAGCGCUUGCUGAAUCCGAUCCACUAGAAUGGCUUACGAGCUCGGCAAGCGGUGCCACGACGCCUGGUGGGAUCACAGGUCCGUCUUCCUUGGCCAGUCCCUCUGGUAUUCUGGGCGAGGCUGUGAUACGGGAGACCUUGCAAGUGUUCGGGCUCAACAACAUGUCUCCGGAAGAUGCGUGGGAUUUCCUCAAGGCUAAAUUGCUGGUCAUAUUUGCCGGGGAGGAUGUGCGGUUCGCCAUUGAAGAUCUGAAUAAGCUGGUGCUGAUACACCUGCAACUCUUUGUGCAUAAACGAGCGCCCGCCCAGAUCGUCACGGAUCUCCGGGAGCUACUGGAGGCUGGCUUUGCCACACUCAACCACAGCCUCUUGAUCGGAGUUCCCGAUGAGAAGCUUGUACCUCACCUUGUGCAAGCGUGGAUGUUGGUCUUCGGCACCAUUUUACCCUUUAUGCAGGCCGUGUUUCUACCGCUGGACCUGGAAUUCAAGGGGGCAGGAUCUCUCAUGACCCCUCGCGAGGCUCGUGAAUUCUGGGGGGUCCUUCCGCCCGGUCAAGCACUCGACGUGCGUAACCUAGUCUUGAUUGCAUUCCGCGAUCGCAUCAUUCUGAAUCGGUACGAAAUCCUUAAAACGACUUUCUCUCGACUCUCGUUGGAUAGCAUCAACUCAGGGCUCGCGCCUCUCAGCGUCACUACGAAGAGCAGUGGCGCGGGCGGUCGUCCCGGAACCGCCGCGUCUCUUGACGCGACGCCUGGUAGCUAUAAUUCACAGUCGUCAAAUUUACUCAGCACCGGCGCCGCAGAUAGUUACUCGUCAGACUCAUUUAGCGCACUGGUGCGUCCACUGAGCAACGACACUCGCAGUCGCGCGGCGUCCAAUACUUCCUCGAACCCGGACGCGCUUAUCUUUUCCUCCAUGACCUCCCAAGCCCCGAGUCAGCGGCCCACGAUCAUCCACCAUGGAAGCUCAACGGACUCGUCCCAUGUCAUUACCGAGACGGUAGGCCGAAUGCUUCAAUGCGUCAGCGUGCUCGCCAGCGUCCAAACAGACGAUCAGCCACAGGAGAACAUUGAAGUCUUGAGUAAAGCUCUCAAGCACAACUGGCUGGGCCGCGGUCGCACGGGUCGAGAUCGGCGUGGCUUUGUCGGUGCCAAAGUCCGACCGGUCAUGGUCGGUGGAACGCCCACUCUUGACGAAGCCGAGUCCUUUCGUAGUGGAGGCAAGAGUGUGGCCAGCCCCAGGGCGAGGGGGGAUUCCUCGUCAUCGGAAUGGAGUGGGCGAGGUGCCAUGGGGACAAGUCUGCGGAGCGCUAGUCGGCGCGAGUUGAGUGUGCUCUAG